AUGGCAGCGCUUCUCGAGAAGCUUAAUGCAGCAUUCGUCGCAGAUCCGGCCAUCGACGAGUAUGCAUUCGUACCGGCCGCAACACCCCAACUUUUCUCGCCCGGCGCAGAUGAAAAUCAGGAUCUUGGCUGCAUACAUGCGGAGCACAAGCUUGCCAUCUCCAUCGAGGCAGCAUUGACCCUGUACCUACAUGCUUCUCAGGUGUCAAGGCAGGCAGCACGCGGCUACUCCGAAAACUCAGCAGACACGGUUCACCUAGUGAAGCUCCACGAAAGCUCAAGAGCCAUUCUGCUUUGCAGUGCAGACUGCUCCAGUGCAUGGAAUGCAUGGAACCGGACGAGAAGUUCAGGCCUUUCCCCGAAGGCGGGGUUGCUCUUCAGCGCGUUGCUGUUGAGAACGAACCAUAAGAGCGGUGAGACUUGGGCACAGCGGCGCAGGCUUUUGGGCGAAGUGCUUCAGGUGUCACAGGACGAGCAGCAGACACUGCUGUGCCAGGAGUUGGCGCUUGUGGAGGAGCUCGCCAGAAGAUACGACCACCACUACUAUGCCUGGAACCACUGGGCAUGGUUAAAUCGUUUCGUCGCCGAGUCUCCGGGAGCCGCGUCCGUGCUGGAAAAGAAGUUCCCAAAGUUGGCCUUCCAGACACCGUCCCACUACGGUCUUUUCCAUCAUCGGCUUGUCCGACUGCAGCGGCAGCUCAGUAAGCGGCCAGUGGAGGAAACCUCCUUCAACGAGGAAUGGCAACUGGCCGGAGAACUGUUAGCUACCUUUCCGCAUCUCGAGGCCCCUUGGGCUUUCCGAGGGCAAUUGAUGAGCCUCAUGCUGGAGUGCCAGGCUGACACGGGUCCAGGCGAUGUCGCUUCCACGUGGAGAUCCGAGGUCGCCUUCGCAUCAAGGCAUCUUCAGUCAUCAUCGCCCAUCAACAGGCUUGCAAUGCAAUUCCAGGUCCAUGUGCUUCAGGAGCUUUGUCUUCACCUAUUGGAGAUGGACAAGAACAUUCAGGACACCUCCCUGCUUGAUGAUGCCGAGUCUCUGCUGAAGGACUUGAAAGCAUCCCAGGCUGCUGCACCUGCAGUGCUUCUUGGCAUCACCGCGGACCUGGACGCCGCUGCAGGUAAGUUCAAGAUCGCACUGCGGACGGAAAACGAUGGCAUCGAGAGGUAA